AUUUUCUCCUGCGGAGAGGUGGGGCUUUCAUGUGAUCAGAGGCAGAUUGGAGCGCAAGCCCUUUGGAUAAAACCUUCUUUAUCUAGUGCUCUGGACUGGAUAAGAAAGAAUUCCAUUCGUGGUUCUUUGCUAUCUAGCAAAGGAGCCCCCUCUCACCCUCCCUGGCUGCCCCUGCCCAGCUCAGAGUCUUGUCUCUCUUGCUAGGGGGUCCUGGCAGCAGCCACAAGGCCUGAGUAUUUGACUUGGAGCUUGGAAAGUCCCCGCCCCGAACGUGCAUGCCUUUCUGUGGCUGUGCCUGUGUGCGUGCGUGUGCGUGGACUUGCACGUGAGCGUGUGGGACAAAAAUCGCUUCUGGAGCAUGUUGCCCUCUGUCUGCCCCUCCAGGUUACUCCUCACUGCAGGACGAGCUGCUGUCCCCUGCCUCCCUGCACUACGCGCUUCCCUCUCCGCUGCGUGCAGACCAGUACUGGAACGAGGUGGCUGUCAUAGACGCCAUCCCCCUGGCGGCCACGGAGCAUGACGCCAUGCUGGAGAUGUCUGACAUGCGGGUGUGGUCCGCAGGUCUCACACCUUCCCUGGUCACUGCUGAGGACUCCUCUCUGGAGUGCAGCAAGGCCGAGGACUCUGACACCACACAAGAGUGGAAGUUGGAGGGGGCGCUCUCAGAGGAGCCGCAGGGCCUGGAACUGGGCUCUCAGGACCUUGUGGAGGACGACACAGUGGAUUCAGAUGCCACAAAUGGCCUUGCCGAUUUGCUUGGCCAAGAGGAAGGUCAGAGGUCAGAAGAGAAGAGGCAGGAAGACUCAGGUGCAGGACAGGACUCAGAGACUGAAGUGUCUCUUGUUUCAGGCCAGCAGAGGGCACAUGCCCGAACCACAGACUUGCCCAGUCAGGUGCUGGAGAGGAGCCAGAACAGACUGCAGGACUGGGAUAGACAAGGCUCCAUGGUCUCUCACCUGCAAGAUACCACACAAGGUUCCUGGCAAGCGGAGGUCACACAAGGCCCACACUCAUUCCAGAGAAAGGUCACCACCAUCCAGCAGCUGGAGCCCAGUGGGUCUCAGGAAUAUGAGAAGGUGCUGGUGUCUGCAAGUGAGCUCGUGCGGGUGGAGCAGCCAGGGGCUAAGAGUGCCGUGGCGGGCAGGGAACAGAGCCUUCAGUCCCCCGGAGAGUGGGUGCAGGCAGCCAGCAGCAUCUUCUCCCAGGAGGUACAGGGGGAUGAGCUUCAGAAUAUUCCAGGGGAGCAGGUGACAGAGGAACAAUUCACGGAUGAGCAGGGCAACAUUGUCACCAAGAAGAUCAUUCGCAAGGUUGUUCGGCAGGUUGACUCAUCUGGCAUCGGCAACACCCAGCAGCACGAGGAGGUGAUUGUUGAGGGGCCCCAGGAGGACCCUAGUGAGCUGGAGGCUGAUAUUAUUGAGUACUUUAUGAAACAUGACAAGGUGGAGCUGAGAGGGAGUGGUCUACAGCCCGACCUGAUAGAGGGCAGGAAGGGGGCUCAGAUAGUGAAGCGGGCCAGCCUGAAAAGGGGCAAGCAGUGAUAUCACUCGAGCCUCUCCUCGGAGUAGCCUCUCUGGAGGGUCACACCUCGACACCCAAAUCCUGAGCUUCACACACUCUGCCAUGCACACAGGAGGAGAGCUGGACCGAGGGCUACAGAAGCACUGCACACGCCCCUCUAGGCUCACGGCAUGACCUCUGUAAGGGACUUCCUUUAGUCUCCUAUUCGCAUGAACGACUGACUGUACACGCAUGACCUGCAGUCUCCAAUCCUGCCUCUAGCAAUGGUGGAUCUCUGUCAGGAAUCAGGACAAAGGCAGCAAGAAGAUGGGAGAAGAGAGAGGGAUAGAAAAGUAUGAGAGAGGGCAUGAUGCAAAAGUGAAUAUAAGGGCUCUUUUGUGGCUGGGGAUGGUUUGGGGUUUGUUUUUUAAUUGCUUUGGUUUUGACUUCACACAGGGUACUUUUUUUUUCAACCUCAUCUGUAAGAAAUCCAUGUGGGCUUCCUGGAAAGAAAAACGAAUGGCAACUAGGCAUGAAAUCAGUUUAGCACCUUAAUCCCAUGUCCUCAUCUGCCAGGCCCUGCCCCUCACACACACCUGCACUCCAUUUCUGACAAUCUCCCCCUCCCCAGAGGACUGCUCCUCUCAGAACACUCCACAUGACUUUCAGGACAUAUGCCUCUCCCUGUCACUCAGUCUACGCACUGAUUUUACCGUGACCUCUGAAGCUGUGUAGGAUCUCCAGUGGAUAAACUGGAUUUUUUUUUUUAAUGUCUCUCUCUGCCAGAUUCAGUAUUUAUCAUCUUCCAAAGGGAAAUCACUUGAGAGUGCACUUGGGGCUCCUUGUGUUAUUGACUUAGAAUCUGAGGCAAGGACCCCAGGCUUAGCUGCAGGGCUCCAAAAGGAGGUCUUAGCUGGGAAAGAGCCGGUGGCUGUCCCAGGAUCGCACCAGCAUGUUCCAUAGAGAAGAGGUUUUCUAUAUCUUCACGCACUUCUAUCAUAGUCUGUGUUCAAAGUGUAAACUGUACAGUAAUAAGCCUUGUGUAUAUGAAAACAAUAAAUACUAUGCAAACCAAUAGAAACACUUAGCAGUAUGUACAAAGCAGCUCCUGAGGACUUCUCCGGCUGCGGGAGAAGGAGCUACAGGCUGUCUUUCAGUGAAAGAGGAAGGAAGGGAGUAGGCUAGUGGACGUAUCUGCCAGUUCCUAGACGUCAGGACCACCCUAAGGUCUCCUAGAGCCAUCUUGGUGCUCGAAGUCCAGGCAGCCCGCAGGCUGGGGUCCGGGUGCGGGCACUGGGCUCCCGGCUGGGCAGCCCGGAGCCUGGGCUCUGACCACGCUCCUCUGAGGAGGCUGGAGCUUCUGGUCACCGGGAGGCCAAGGGUUGGGCAAGAGACGCCCCAGGCCAGGCUUCCCGGCCAGGAAGGAAACUGACAGCGGGCUGUUCCUCGCCUCGGUGCCAAUCAGGGAAGAGCCUUAAAGUCACACUAGAGCCUCCGGCAGAGGGAGGCCCGAAUCAGCACAAUCCCGCCCCGCCGAGCCCGGGCGGGCGCCCCUCCCAGGGCCAGGACAGAGACUGGCAGGCUCUUGUCGCUCUCCUAGAGCCAUUGUGGCGAGUCCAGUCACCUUCCUCCUCUGCCGCUCUUCGGAGGUGUCCUCGGGACACGUUUCAACCUUCCAAGUAGCACAGAAGCGCCCCGAUGUCCGCGCCCCUGCGGCUGGUCCCCUGGCCGGCGUGGCGCGGCGCGGCGGGGUCCGCUUUUCCUUCCGAGCCCGGCCCCCCCGCGCCUCGCCGCGCCGGCUCUGCGCAGCCGCGGGCUCCGCCGCGCGGGGCGACACCGAGCGCCCCGCCCCGCCGCGCCGCCGACCCAGUAGCCCCUCUUAGCGGCCCGCGUGGGCCCCGGCCCCAGGCUACGCUUUGGCACCCUCGCUCCGCCCGGCAUGGCUGCUUGGCCCGCCGCCCGGCCCCGGUGGCAUGGCUGCGCGCUCCCUUUGCUAGUAGGAGCUGUUUAGGAGGAGUCUGGGGUCUCUACUUGAUGCCUAGAGAAUGCUGCAGUCUGCACAUUAGACGCUUUUUAGAAGUUUUGGAAUUACCUUGAUUUUUUUAACUGUUAUGAAAAAUGAAUCAUUUCUUGACUCUCCCACAUGCUCUGUUACUGGGAGAGAAAUUCCACCUCACUCUGAUGUAUAGACCAUUCUCCCUACACCAGCUGAAUUAAUGUCAGAAUUAAUAAAGAAACUGACUCAUGACUCGGGCUCCAGCUUUCCUUCCUGGCUCCUCCUUGGGGUUUGAGGCAAGCUUGGGUUGGGAUGUGAGGGGGUCCACCAAUGCCCAGCUCCUCCUGGAAACCUGGACAACCCCUUAAACAGGACCACCACCCUGGGAGGCACCCCCAGAGGCGUGGCAGAGCAGAUUUCUCUUCUCCCUAGAAGCUACCUUGAGAUGGGGAGAAAUCAAAGGUGUGAGAGGAGGCACCCCUAAACCACCAGGGAAUCUGGCCAGGCCUGCAGCCGGCACAAACUGAGAGGGCCUCCUGGCUCACCCCAGUCAGGCAUCUAGCCCUUGUACUCAAUGCCUUACAGCGUCCAAGAACCUGCCCUUGCUAUAAAAAGAAACUGGGAACUACUCACUAACACCACACCGGCCUCAGUUUCCUCAUUGUAAAACGGGGGAAUGGAUGAAUCAGUUGCUGAAGUCUCUUGUUUAUCAUGUUGGGAUUCCCAGACACCUUUGUCAGCCAUGGCAUUAAAUAAGAAUUGAAUCACACAGCAGAUUUCCUUCUUCAUAAAUUCCUGUAAUCAAGUUCCAGUCUCCAGCCCUCACCCCAAGCUUCUCACUAAAUCUUAAAGCCCCCACAUGCCCUCCCUCCAAUAAGCUAAUCAUUGGUACACAUCUGCAUUACCCAGAGGGCUUUUAAAAAGACUUUCAGACUCACAAUUGCCUUGGGGUGGGGUGGCAUCCCUGGAAAUCAAUUAAGUUCCCAAAAUAGUUGUGAUACAUGACAAAGCCAACGGAGAUAAUUAACUCCGUUAAUAUUUUAUUGUUUUUAAUCUAAAAAAUAUUUUAUUGUUUUUAAUCUAAACUUGUAACAAGAUCAUCUCCACACCCUUAGGUUCUCUGUGCAUUGCCCUAAAUCUAUGUCAUCAAAAAGAUGACUCAAAGAUCAGCGAGAGAAGGGGAUCCACCCCAAGAAGGCCGGCAAAGGUGUGCCGUUGUCUCCUACCUGCAAAAGCACAGCCCAUGUGUGGUAAGGGAGCCGGCCCUGCAGAGACCACAGCCUGGUCAGAAACGGCUUUAGGGCUGCCAGGCAGAGGAAGGGCAGAGGUCCAUCUUUCUAACAGUCACUAUUUUUCCUGUCAUUAUGCAUGCUCAGACAAGUGGCAUUGCUGCUUUCCAUUUUAGAGAAUAACUUCAGGAAAGAAUGCCACCCAAACAGAAAUAGACCCAGUUCAUGGACAGUGGUCUCUGAUUCUUCUGCACCUGUGUCCUGUUUGUUAAAUGAGAGAUUCCCCCAGGAGAACGGUAUUGUACCCUCUAUGUCAUAUAGUGUAAAAACUUAUCAGAGAGAAAAAAAAAAAAAAAGAGCAGAUGGGUGCUUUGCUGUUCAAUCCAAUCCCAUGUGGCAAAUAUUUACUAAGCCUGAACCAAGCGCCCAGCACAGGCCUCCACUGCCGAAGCAGAGAGCCUCUCGGUGUCAGAGGCUUUCACACAGACACCAACUAGACAGAAGGUGGAAGGUUUUGUGACCAAGGGGAUCAGACAAAGUUGCCCAGAGGCAGAGGAGCUGCACAGCCGCUACCCUUCUCUUCAGCCUCAGAAGCAGGAAGACGCACACACCCACCACACAGAGCUGCCCACUGCCCACCCCCUGACCCCAUCUGCCCAGCAAGCUCUCAUGACAGUCACAGGGAUUAGCAUCCUUUCCACUUACCCCAUCCUAGCUGGAGGAAGGGAAGCAAAGCAGAAGCUGCCGUGUUCUGCAGAGCUUGGGCAUCAGCACAUAAGGAGGCCGGAGCAGCUCAGGGCAGUGACCUGAGUCCUGCCUUCUCGCCCUCAGGGGAACAGCUGCAAGGACUAUGACUUCCAACUGCCACAGAAGCCUCCAGGGACCCGGGGUCACCCACCUUUUCCUAGAUGCUGGACUUGGGGGCAGCAGGUGGAGCCUCGGAUGAAGAACGCAGCUUCUAGAGCUAAUUCUCCCUGUUCUCUUACACACACACUCACACA